GCAGCCUUCGCUCACAUCCCCUCGCUGCAGUUCCUCUUGCUGAACUCCAACAAGUUCACGUUGAUCGGGGACAACGCCUUCGCCGGCCUCUCGCACCUUCAGUACCUGUUCAUCGAGAACAACGACAUCCAGGCGCUCUCCAAGGGCACUUUCCGUGGGCUCAAGUCCCUGACCCACCUAUCUUUGGCCAACAACAACCUGCGGACAUUGCCCCGGGACCUCUUCAAGCCGCUGGACAUCCUGAGCGACCUGGACCUCCGGGGCAACACGUUGGCCUGCGACUGCAAGAUCAAGUGGCUGGUGGAGUGGCUGGAGAGCCCCAACACCACAGUCCCCGCCACCUUCUGCAGCAGCCCCGGGCAGUUCGAGGGCCAGCGGAUCCGGGACCUGGCGCUCGGUGACUUCCAGUGCAUCACCACGGACUUCGUGGUGCACCAGGUCCUGCCCUUCCAGUCGGUGUCAGCUGAGCCCUUCACCUAUGCCAGCGACCUGUACGUCGCCCUGGCACAGCCCGGUGCCAGCAGCUGCGCCAUCCUCAAGUGGGACUACGUGGAGCGCAAGCUGCGGGACUUUGACCGCAUCCCUGCUCACUCGGCGGUGCAAUGCAAGCCCAUCGUGGCGCAGGACCAGCUGUACGUGGUGGUGGCUCAGCUCUUCGGUGGCUCCUACAUCUACCGCUGGGACACCGCCGUGGACAAGUUCAUCAAGAUCCAAGACAUCGACAGCCAGAAGACCCGCAAGCCCAACGACAUCGAGGCCUUCCAGAUCGAAGGCGACUGGAACUUCGUCCCCCCCGCGCCCCCCCCCGGGGCCGCCCCCCCCAGCCUCUACCGCCUCAACCAGAACGGCUUCUACUCCCACCAAGCCCUCCACGCCUGGCACCGCGACACCGACGUGGAGUACGUGGAGAACGACGGCAAACCCCGGCUGAUCAUCUCCAGCAGCUCCCAAGCCCCCGUCAUCUACCAGUGGAACCGGGCGCAGAAGCAAUUCGCGCCCCAGGGGGAGGUGGGGGAGAUGCUGGACGUGCAGAUGGUGAAGCACUUCAGGGUGAAGCGGGACCAGUUCCUCUGCCUCAGCC